CAGAAUAAAGUAAUGGAUUCUUCUUCACCAGUCACCACACCCACACGUUUACAAAGCUGCAUACGUCGACUCUAGCUUCUCCCACUCUCCACUCUCACCAAUCAAUCACCAUUCACGAUUCACCAAUAUGGCAAUAGCAACAACAGGACACUUCCACUUUAGGUGAAUUGAAACACAAUUAUAUCCAAAAUUGGUUCCAAAUUCCAACUAAGGUAAUGAAGGAAUCACGAACAUUGGAUCAGCUGGCCAAACUAAUUGCAACGCUGGUGGUGAUGAUGAUGUACACGUGUCAAGCAACGAUUAGCCCUUACAAUCUCCAUCCCCUGAUCCUAAUCCCGGGCAACGGCGGAAACCAGCUAGAAGCCAGGCUGACCAGCGCUUACGAGCCGCCGAGUCUGUUGUGCAACCGGUGGUACCCGAUUUCCAGAAACAAGGAUGGUUGGUUCAGGCUAUGGUUCGACCCCAGCGUCCUAUUGGCUCCUUUUACCAAGUGCUUCGCUCACCGUAUGACCCUCUACUACGACCUGGGCACCGAUGAUUACCAUAAUGCCCCUGGGGUCCAGACCCGGGUUCCCCAUUUCGGAUCCACCCAAUCCCUCCUCUACCUCAACCCUCAUCUCAAAGAGAUAACAGGGUAUAUGGCACAUCUAGUGGAGUCUUUGGAGGAAAUAGGGUACGAGGACGGGAAAACCCUGUUCGGAGCCCCAUACGACUUCCGGUACGGUUUAGCUGCGGAGGGUCAUCCGACCCGAGUUGGCUCCAAGUAUCUACAGGACCUUAAAGCUUUGAUAGAGAACGCAAGCUCCUCCAAUGGCGGCAAGCCAGUAAUCCUUCUCUCUCACAGCUUAGGAGGACUCUUUGCCCUCCAAUUCCUCAAUCGAAACCCUCUCUCAUGGCGCCGAAAAUUCGUCAAACACUUCAUCGCAAUCUCGGCUCCAUGGGGCGGCACUGUGGAGGAGAUGCUCACCUUUGCUUCCGGGUACUCGCUUGGAGUUCCACUCGUUGAGCCAUUGCUAGUAAGGGACGAGCAGAGGAGCUCGGAGAGCAAUCUGUGGCUGAUGCCCAACCCCAAUUUGUUCGGUCGGGAAAGGGCAUUGGUGAUUACUCCAAACGACAAUUAUACGGCGUACGACAUCCCCGAAUUCCUAAACGACAUUGGAUUCCCUCAAGGGGUCUAUCCUUACAAAACUCGCAUACUGCCUCUGAUGGAUCGGAAUCAACUGGCGGCGCCUGGGGUCCCCGUCUCGUGCGUGAUCGGAAGUGGGGUACGGACACCAGAAACUCUGUUCUACGGGCCGAAUGGGUUCGAUGAGCAACCAGAGAUUGUCUAUGGAGAUGGAGAUGGGACGGUGAAUAUGGUCAGCUUGUUGGGGCUUGAGUCGUUAUGGAGCCAUUCUCAGAACCAAACGCUUAGAGUGAUUAAAAUUGUUGGAGCUUCUCAUACUCAAAUACUAAAAGAUGGAGCUGCCCUUUCUGAAAUAGUACGGCAAAUUUCUACUAUCAAUUCCCAGUUCAGUUUUGGGAAAUGACAAACAUUGUAUUAUUUUCAUUCAACUAAUGACAAAUUAUAAAUAAUAACUAUGUCUAUUGUUUGUGUCAAA